UUCCCAACCCAUCGUAUUCCCAUCGGCUUCGUAGCUCUCUCUCUCCCGCAGCCCUCUGAAAAAAAAAAAAGCAGGAAAAGAAAUCCGUUACGCAUACCUGAAGCGGGAGCUUGCCGGAAGGGACAACGAUCACCGGAAAGGGGGGCCGGAACUGACAGAUCGCUGGACGCUCGCCGGAGAGAGAGAGAGAGAGAGAGAGAGAGAGAGAGAGAGAGAGAGAGAGAGAGAGAGAGAGAGAGAUGACCUCUCACUCAUCCGGAGUAGUUACCAACAAGGAUUUGGAUUCUCCUUACAAAAGCGCCGUUGGAUCAGAUGAGAUUCAAGCAAAAUCGACGGUGGAUGAUGAGUCUGAUGGGAACUAUAAGAAGGAGAAGAAGAUGAAGAAGAAGAAGAAGAAGAUAGAUGGGAAGAAAUGCGUCAGAGGCAGCGACCGUGAAAAUGAAAAGGAUGAUCUGAAAAUGGAACACGUGAAUGAAGUUGAAUUCCAACCUACAGAAGAUGACAGUAAAAAGAGAAAGGAAAAGAAGAAGAAGAAGAAGAAGACGGCAGUCGACGAGGAAAGGAAUACGGGCUCAUGCUCUGCAGAAAUCCCCAUUAGAGGAUUGGAAAAAACGGAUAUAACUGAUGAUGUAUCCAAUCACAGAAAGAAAAAGAUUGAGAAAGAUGGACAAGUGAAGGAACAAAAGAAAGUGAAAAAGAUGGGUGGGGAUGGCAAGGGAAAUAGGAAGUCCAAAGGCAUGGAAUCAGUUCAUGAAGAAAGUCCGGACAACGGAUUGGAUAGUGGUGGAAAAUCAAUUGGAGAAUAUAGAGUGGCUGCAAAUGAUAAUGCUGGUGAUGGAGCGCCGGGUAAGAAAAAGAAGAAGGGAAUUGCGAAACAUGAUGCUGAUGAUGGAGCUGCGAGUAAGAAAAAGAGGAAGAGAGAUGUGGAAGAUAAUGUUGGUGAUGGAGUGUCGAGCAAGAAAAAAAGGAAGAGAGAUGCGGAAGCUAAUGCUGAUCAUGGAGUUUCGAGUAAGAAAAAGAGGAAGAAAAAUGCUGAUGAUUCCACAAAAUCUCGAACAGGUAAACAAUCAAGGAGAGUAAGCUUUUCGGAUAAAGUGGAGGUAUUUCCACUGCCCAAGGACGCGAGACGUGGGGAGGAAACUAGUGAAGAAGGUUUGGUGCAAGGUAAACGGUUCACACCAGAGGAAGAUGAAAUGGUCAGAGAAGCUGUUUUGAACUACGUAAAGGUACAUGACCUGGGCGAAAAUGGUUUGGAUAUGGUUCUGAACAUUCGUCGUCAUCCAAAACUUAAAGGUUGUUUUAAGGAAAUUGGUUGUGCCUUACCUUGGAGACCUUAUAUGAGUGUAUAUCACCGAGCACAUAUCUUGUUUGAGGGGGAUGGGAAUCAUAAAUGGAGUCCUAAAGAAUACGAUAUUCUCCGAAAGCACCAUGAAAAACAUGGAGCAGACUGGAAACCACUGGCGGUUGCACUUGGCAAACAUAGGUUUCACAUAAAGGAUGCUUGGCGCAGGAUAAAAUUGACCGGCACUAAAAGAGGACCUUGGUCUCAAGAGGAAUACCAAACCUUGUUUGAUCUAGUAAACAUGGAUUUGUGCAUGAAAGCCUUUGAGGAAAAGAAAACUAAGCAUGGAAUGUUGCGAGAUAACAUUGCUUGGGAAGCCAUUAGCGAAAAGCUGUCCACUCGGAAUAAUGUAAUUUGCUGCCUGAAGUGGUAUAAUCAGCUUGCAUCAUCCAUGGUAGGUGAAGGGAAAUGGAGUAAUUCAGAUGAUUAUCGGAUGCUGCAAGCGCUUAUAGAAUUGGAUGCUUGCUGUGUGGAGGAUGUUGAUUGGGACAAUCUUCUUGACCACAGGGAUGGAGACCUUUGCCUAAAACGUUGGAACCAAAUGACAAAACACAUAGGUGGGUAUAAGGAUAAGCCAUUUGCAGAACAAGUAGAACUCCUUUCAAAACGGUAUUGCCCAAAUCUAUUAGAAUUCAUGGAGCACCGUUGGGGGUAAGAAAUUAUAGGAAACAUGAGAAUGUUUUUUGGUGGGUCAUGUUUGCUUUUUCUUUGGAGGCCACUAUAUAUCUGAAAUACUAAGAUUAAGAAGAUUGAUGGAACUCGAGCUGUUGCAUGAAUUGAAGUUCUUUAACCAGAGGGUUCUUGCUUCAUCAGGCAAAAUGAUGGGAAGAAACCCUAGGUUUAGAAAUAGGUUGUACUAUGAGACAAAAACAAACUUCCUUGGUGAAAUGUGAGUGUGUGUGAGAUCUUCUUCA